GCGCACAGAUAGAAAAAGAGAGAGAGAGCUGCAGGAAAGGGGAACAUCACGCACGCACGGGGUGUCGUUGUGAAAGCAGUUGUUCCUCAACGUCCAGACAUCCAUCAAAACUUAUUUUUACGGGUUACUUUUGACGGGAUUCGCCGCACUACCCGAGCGUGUUAAAUACAGCGUGAAACGGUGGUUUCCUGCCAGGGGGAUUUAAUGGGAGUCUUUCAUCGAUAAAGCGCUUCUUCCCCCCCCCCCUUGACGGACCUUCGCUCGAACCGAACCGGACUCGGGCGCUGUCCUCACCGGGGGGUAUCCGAUCCGUUAUAUUUUGACUGCGAAACCAACACUCCGAAGUCCGAAUAUGGCAGGAAAUCUGAAGAAAGGUGGGGGGCUUAUUGGCAUGAUGAAGGACGCUUUUCAGCCUCACCAUCACCUCCACCACUCCCAUCACCAGCCCGGGGCCGUUGACAAAAAGACGGUGGAGAAAUGCUGGAAAUUCAUGGAUAAGGUGGUACGGUUAUGCCAGAACCCCAAGCUGGCCUUGAAGAACAGUCCUCCGUACAUCCUGGACCUGUUGCCAGACACCUACCAGCAUCUCCGCACUAUCCUGUCCCGCUAUGAAGGCAAGAUGGAAACGCUGGGAGACAACGAGUACUUUCGCGUUUUCAUGGAGAACUUGACUAAGAAGACCAAACAGACCAUAAGCCUGUUCAAAGACGGCAAAGAGCGAAUGUUUGAGGAGAACUCUCAGCCCAGACGGAACCUGACGAAGUUGUCGCUGAUAUUCAGUCACAUGCUCGCGGAGCUCAAAGCCAUCUUUCCCAACGGCCUGUUUCAAGGGGAUAACUUCAGAAUCACCAAAGCGGACGCCGCAGAGUUCUGGAGAAGAUCCUUCGGGGACAAGACCAUCGUGCCUUGGAAAGUGUUCCGGCAGGCCCUGCAUGAGUUUCACCCCAUCAGCUCGGGCCUGGAGGCCAUGGCGCUUAAAUCUACCAUUGACCUCACCUGCAACGACUACAUCUCCGUCUUUGAGUUUGACAUCUUCACCAGGCUUUUCCAGCCAUGGUCGUCACUUCUAAGAAACUGGAACAGCCUGGCAGUGACUCAUCCGGGGUACAUGGCCUUUCUUACCUAUGAUGAAGUUAAAGCUCGUCUGCAAAAAUUCAUCCACAAGCCCGGCAGCUAUAUCUUCAGGCUGAGCUGUACGCGGCUCGGCCAGUGGGCUAUCGGUUAUGUCACGGCUGAUGGGAAUAUCUUGCAGACCAUUCCUCAUAACAAACCCCUCUUCCAGGCCCUCAUCGAUGGCUUUAGGGAAGGAUUCUACCUUUUCCCAGAUGGCCGCACUCAGAACCCUGACCUCACAGGGCUGUGUGAGCCCUCGCCUCAAGACCAUAUCAAAGUCACACAGGAGCAAUAUGAACUCUACUGUGAGAUGGGCUCAACCUUCCAGCUGUGUAAGAUCUGUGCUGAGAAUGACAAGGAUGUGAAGAUCGAGCCCUGUGGCCACCUCAUGUGCACUUCCUGUCUCACAGCCUGGCAGGAAUCAGAAGGACAGGGUUGCCCGUUCUGUCGCUGUGAAAUUAAGGGCACCGAGCCCAUCGUUGUUGACCCCUUUGAUCCCAAGGACCCCAAUAGCGGAGGCUCCUACGGAGGCUGCAGGGGCAUGUUUGGAGCCGAGGGAGCCCCUUCGCCCAGCUACGACGAUGACGACGACGAUCGUUUGGAGGAUUCUCCUUUUAUGAUUAGCAAGCUGGUCGGUUCUAAAGUGGAAAGGCCGCCCUCACCGCUGUCAGUCGCCCCUCAGGCCGUCGUUCCCCCAGUACCUCCUCGGCUGGAUCUGUUUCCUCUCAGACCCACCAACCCUCCCGGGGCCUCUAGUCCAGGGGCCACAUCCAAGGCCCCAUCCCAUCACAAGGACAAGCCAUUACCGCUGCCCCCGGCUCUAAGGGACCUGCCGCCACCUCCUCCCCCAGACCGACCUCACCCUACCGGCUCUGACAACCGGCUCCCAAGACGCCCUCUCCCCAGUACACCCGGAGAACCUCCUCGCGACAAACUGCCUCCUGCCCCUCCUAACCGCAACAUGCCGGACUGGAACUCCCGGCCCGUACCCAAAGCCCCAUCACAGCCACCAGCAAGCGGAGAGUCUCGUGGAUCUCGAGAACUCUCUAACAGACACUCUCUGCCUCUCCAACUUCCUUCCACGCUCGACGCAAGAACAGAAGGCCCACGAAACAAUGGUCCCCCCAGUCUUGACCACCAGCUGAGUUUCGUAUCAUCCAUUUCUGGGUCGGAGUACGACAACCCGAAAGUAAAGCCGUCUGCUUCAGCUAAUGCCAUCUAUUCCUUGGCUAUCAGGCCUCAUCCAGCAGUUAAAUCGCAGACAGGGGAGGACGCCUCUGAGAACGAUGAGGAGUCGGAGUACAUGACUCCAUCUUCUCGACCAGUGCUGCCCUCUGCUGCAGGGGAGGCUGUGCCCAGACCACCACCUCCACUUUCUCUCAGUCCCAGAAGUUUGCUCAAUGAUUUGGAGUCAGAAAGCCCACAGAUGUAUGAAGCCAUGUACAAUAUCCAAGCCCAGGCCCUCACCACCUCUGGACCACAACAGGCCAGAGACUCAGAUUACUCUGAAUUGCCUCCUUUGACCUGCUCUAAUGGCCUGAGGGAUCAUGUUGGUGCAUGUGGUGAGGAGGAGGAGGAGGAGGAGGAGGAGGAGGAGAACAGCUAUGACUACCCCAAGCCCCAUCUACCUGCCAACCUAGCCCGACGCACGCUUUCAGAUGUUAACCCCACAUCCUCAGCCUUCAGCCGCCUUUCCAUAGACAGCGAGCUUGGUGCAACCGCAAUCAUGGACCCCUCUGAAGCCCCCGAGCGGCCUCCCAAGCCUCUCCCCCGUCGCAUCAACUCGGAUCGCAGGCCCAGCCCGGUUCCCCCCGGAGCGAGUCCAGGGCCCAGCCAGCAGAUCAGCAGUGAGAUCGAGCACCUCUUGAGCCAGGGCUACUCCCAUCAGGACAUCCAAAAAGCCCUUAUGAUUGCACAGAACAAUAUCGAGAUGGCCAAGAACAUCCUGAGGGAGUUUGUGUCCAUCCCUUCUACUGCACAUAUCUUAACAUAGCGAAACUUCUCUGAUCACCCAGUCUCGGCCUGGCCACACUCAUCUCGCAUUCAUCUCGGACUCCAGAAGAGACGAGCGCGUACUGGCGCUCUAGCUCUUGUGACCACGGGAGCCCCUUUCUCCGUAACACUUCUCGGAUUCUUUGUGCGGGCGGAAGAGCGAGGGGUUCUUUGCGACCGCUUCUUCAGCCUGACGGCAACGCAUGUCCUCUGAGGACAAAAACAAACAAAAAAGACAAAAACAUGUAUGUGUUUAUAUAUGAUUUAAUAUAUAAAUCAGAAUAUUGAGUAUAGUUAAUAUAUACACAUGUAUGUUGGAGAGGGUCAGGGUUAGCUGUAGAGAUCAGGGCGUGUGAAGUAUUAGGCCUCGGAGUUCGGAUAGCUAAAGGGAGU